UAUUCUAUCUCAAGAGCAUUUUUCACCUCAGUCUUCCAAGAAGUGGUGGUUAAGGUGAAAGAUGGGGGACGCUGCCAUGAAGGAAUUUGGGGCUGCAGCCCCAUACCUGAGGAAGUCAGACAGGGAGCGUCUGGAGGCCCAGACCCGUCCGUUUGACAUGAAGAAGGAAUGUUUUGUUCCUGACUCUGAUGAGGAAUACGUAAAGGCUUCUGUCAUAAGUCGUGAGGGUGAUAAAGUCACUGCUCAGACAGAGAAGGGAAAGACUGUCACUGUGAAGGAGUGUGAUAUUCACCCUCAGAACCCACCUAAGUUUGAUAAAAUUGAAGACAUGGCGAUGUUUACCUUCCUCCAUGAACCAGCUGUGCUGUUUAACCUCAAAGAGCGUUAUGCAGCAUGGAUGAUCUAUACCUACUCUGGGCUGUUCUGUGUGACUGUCAACCCCUACAAGUGGCUGCCAGUCUACAACCAAGAGGUGGUUGUUGCCUACAGAGGAAAGAAGAGGAGUGAAGCUCCUCCUCACAUCUUCUCCAUCUCUGAUAAUGGCUACCAGUACAUGCUAACAGAUAGAGAAAAUCAGUCUAUUCUCAUCACUGGAGAAUCUGGUGCUGGGAAAACUGUUAACACCAAGAGAGUUAUUCAGUACUUUGCCAGCAUUGCAGCUGGAGGUGGGAAAAAAGAAGCAGGCUCUGAGAAAAAGGGUACAUUGGAGGAUCAAAUCAUCCAAUGCAACCCGGCAUUAGAGGCCUUUGGGAAUGCAAAGACCAUCAGAAAUGAUAACUCUUCCAGAUUUGGAAAAUUUAUCCGUAUUCAUUUUGCAGCCAGUGGAAAGCUGGCUUCAGCUGAUAUCGAGACAUAUCUGCUUGAAAAGUCCAGAGUCACCUUUCAGCUUAAGGCCGAGAGAGAUUACCAUAUCUUCUAUCAGAUUCUAUCUCAGAAGAAACCUGAGCUGCUUGAAAUGCUGCUCAUUACCAACAACCCCUACGACUACGCCUUCAUCUCUCAAGGAGAGACAACAGUAGCCUCCAUCAAUGAUGCUGAGGAGCUGAUAGCAACUGAUGAGGCCUUUGAUGUAUUGGGCUUCACUCAAGAGGAGAAGAACGGUAUUUACAAACUGACCGGUGCCAUUAUGCACUUUGGUAACAUGAAGUUUAAGAACAAGCAGCGUGAAGAGCAGGCGGAGGCCGAUGGCACUGAAGUUGCUGACAAAGCAGCAUAUCUGAUGGGCCUGAACUCUGCUGACCUCAUCAAAGGUCUGUGUCAUCCAAGAGUCAAAGUAGGAAAUGAAUGGGUCACCAAGGGACAAAAUGUUCAACAGGUGUACUAUUCUGUUGGAGCUCUGGCUAAGUCCGUGUAUGAGAAGAUGUUUCUGUGGAUGGUGGUAAGAAUUAACCAUUCACUGGACACCAGGCAGCCACGCCAGUACUUCAUUGGAGUGCUGGACAUUGCUGGAUUUGAGAUCUUUGAUUUCAACACGUUUGAGCAGAUGUGCAUCAACUUCACCAAUGAAAAACUGCAACAGUUUUUCAACCACCACAUGUUUGUGCUGGAGCAGGAAGAAUACAAGAAAGAGGGAAUUGAGUGGACUUUCAUUGACUUUGGUAUGGAUCUGCAGGCCUGUAUUGACCUGAUUGAAAAGCCCAUGGGCAUCAUGUCCAUCCUUGAAGAGGAGUGCAUGUUCCCUAAAGCCUCUGAUUCCACCUUUAAAGCUAAGCUUUAUGACAAUCAUCUGGGGAAAUCUAAUAACUUCCAGAAACCCAGAAUUAUCAAAGGAAAACCAGAAGCCCAUUUUGCCCUGGUUCACUAUGCUGGAACAGUUGAUUAUAAUAUCAACAACUGGCUGGUGAAGAACAAGGACCCUCUGAAUGAGACUGUUGUUGGGCUGUACCAGAAGUCUACACUCAAGCUGCUUGCUACUCUCUUUGCAAAUUAUGCAGGAACUGAUUCAGCUGAAAGUGGGAAGGGUGGCAAGGGAGGAAGCAAGAAGAAAGGGUCAUCCUUUCAAACUGUAUCUGCCCUUCACAGGGAGAACCUGAAUAAGUUGAUGACUAACCUGAGGUCUACCCAUCCUCACUUUGUGCGCUGUAUCAUCCCCAAUGAGACCAAGACUCCUGGGGCCAUGGAGAACCCUCUGGUGAUGCACCAGCUGCGCUGUAAUGGUGUGCUGGAAGGCAUCAGGAUCUGCAGGAAAGGCUUCCCUAACAGGAUCCUAUAUGGAGACUUCAAGCAGAGAUAUCGUAUCCUAAAUCCUGCUGCUAUCCCUGAGGGACAGUUCAUUGACAGCAGGAAGGGAGCUGAAAAACUUCUUGGAUCUCUGGAUAUUGAUCAUAACCAGUACAAGUUUGGGCACACCAAGGUAUUCUUUAAAGCCGGUCUUCUUGGUCAACUGGAAGAAAUGAGGGACGAUCGUUUGUCACUCAUUAUCACUGGAAUCCAGGCAAGAUCAAGAGGUUUACUUGCAAGAGUAGAAUUCCAGAAGAUUGUCGAAAGAAGGGAUGCACUACUUGUGAUUCAGUGGAACAUCCGUGCCUUCAUGGGGGUCAAGAAUUGGCCCUGGAUGAAGUUGUUCUUCAAGAUCAAACCUCUUCUGAAAUCUGCUGAAGCAGAAAAGGAGAUGGCCAACAUGAAAGAGGAAUUCCUGAAGCUGAAGGAAGCUUAUGCAAAAUCUGAAGCUCGCAGGAAAGAGCUGGAGGAAAAAACAGUCUCCCUUCUUCAAGAGAAGAAUGACCUGCAGCUCCAGGUCCAAGCUGAGCAGGAUAAUCUUGCUGAUGCAGAGGAGAGAUGUGAGGGGCUGAUCAAACACAAAAUUCAAAUGGAAGCAAAAGCCAAAGAGCUUUCUGAGAGACUGGAGGAUGAGGAGGAAAUAAAUGCAGAAAUGACCGCAAAGAAGAGGAAGCUGGAGGACGAAUGCUCUGAGUUAAAGAAGGAUAUUGAUGACUUGGAGCUAACUUUGGCAAAAGUGGAGAAAGAGAAGCAUGCUACUGAGAACAAGGUAAAAAACCUAGUUGAAGAGAUGGCUGCUUUGGACGAAAUCAUCGCCAAGCUGACGAAAGAGAAGAAAGCCUUACAGGAAGCUCAUCAGCAAACCCUGGAUGACCUGCAGAGUGAAGAAGACAAAGUCAACACUCUGACCAAAGCCAAGGCAAAGCUGGAGCAGCAAGUGGAUGAUCUUGAAGGUUCUCUGGAGCAAGAGAAGAAGAUUAGAUUGGACCUCGAGAGAGUGAAAAGGAAGCUGGAGGGAGACUUAAAGUUGACCCAGGAAAGUCUAAUGGACGUUGAGAAUGACAAGCAACAACUUGAAGAACAUCUCAAAAAGAAAGACUUUGAACUAAGUCAGCUAAAUAACAAGAUUGAGGAUGAGCAAGCUAUUGCCAUUCAGCUUCAGAAGAAACUGAAAGAACUUCAAGCCCGCAUUGAAGAACUGGAGGAAGAACUUGAAGCAGAACGAGCUGCUCGAGCCAAGGUGGAGAAGCAGAGAGCAGACCUGGCCAGAGAGUUGGAGGAGAUCAGCGAGAGGCUGGAGGAGGCAGGUGGAGCCACAGCCGCCCAGAUCGAGAUGAACAAGAAGAGGGAGGCUGAGUUCCAGAAGCUUCGCAGAGACCUCGAAGAGUCCACUCUGCAGCAUGAAGCCACCACUGCCACUCUCAGGAAAAAACAGGCUGACACUGUUGCUGACCUGGGAGAGCAGAUUGACAACCUGCAGAGAGUCAAGCAGAAACUGGAGAAGGAGAAGAGUGAGCUCAAACUGGAGCUUGAUGAUGUGGUCUCCAACAUGGAACAUAUUCUAAAGACCAAGACCAAUCUUGAGAAAACCUGCCGAACUCUUGAAGAUCAAAUGAAUGAAUACAAAACAAAGUUUGAAGAGGCUCAACGCUGCAUUAAUGAUUUCAACAUGCAAAAAGCAAAGCUUCAAACAGAAAAUGGUGAGCUCUCUAGGCAGCUGGAAGAGAAGGAUUCAUUCGUGUCUCAACUUACAAGAGGAAAAAUGUCCUACACUCAACAAAUUGAAGACCUUAAGAGACAGCUGGAAGAGGAGACAAAGGUGAAUGAAAUGUCAGAACCAACUGACUCCACAAUGCUGUCAUUUUUCUAGAGCAUUACUCUUAUUGUUUUUUAUGAACAGGCCAAGAAUGCAUUAGCCCAUGCUGUGCAGUCUUCUCGCCAUGACUGUGACCUCCUCAGGGAGCAGUAUGAGGAGGAGCAGGAGGCCAAAGCUGAACUCCAGCGCAGCAUGUCCAAGGCUAACACUGAGGUGGCUCAGUGGAGAACCAAGUAUGAAACUGAUGCCAUCCAGAGGACAGAGGAACUGGAGGAAGCUAAGAAGAAGCUGGCUCAGCGUCUGCAGGAGGCUGAGGAGGCUGUUGAAGCAAUGAAUGCUAAAUGUUCCUCUUUGGAAAAGACCAAACACAGGCUGCAGAAUGAGAUCGAAGAUCUCAUGGUGGACGUGGAGAGGUCUAAUGCUGCUGCUGCUGCUCUGGACAAGAAACAAAGGAACUUUGACAAGGUAUUGUCUGAGUGGAAGCAAAAAUAUGAAGAAUCUCAGUGUGAGCUGGAGAGCUCCCAGAAGGAAUCAAGAGCUCUAAGCACCGAGCUCUUCAAACUUAAAAACUCCUACGAAGAGUCUCUGGACCAUCUUGAGACCAUGAAGAGAGAGAACAAAAAUCUGCAGGAAGAAAUUUCUGAUCUUACUGAGCAACUUGGUGAGAGUGGAAAAAACAUCCAUGAACUGGAGAAGCUUCGAAAACAACUGGAACAAGAGAAGAGUGAGAUUCAGUCUGCUCUCGAGGAAGCGGAGGCUUCACUGGAACACGAAGAGGGUAAGAUUUUACGAGCCCACCUAGAGUUUAAUCAAAUUAAAGCUGAUAUUGAACGGAAACUGGCUGAGAAAGAUGAGGAGAUGGAGCAGUGCAAGAGGAACCUGCAGAGGACAAUCGACACACUGCAAAGUUCUCUUGAGGCUGAGUGUCGUAGCAGGAAUGAAGCCCUUCGUCUGAAAAAGAAGAUGGAGGGAGACCUCAAUGAGAUGGAGAUCCAGCUUAGCCAAGCCAACAGGCAGGCAGCUGAGUCCCAGAAACAACUCAAGUCUGUUCAUUCACAUCUUAAGGAUUGCCAGAUUCAGCUGGAUGAGUCUGUUCGGGCUAAUGAUGAUUUUAAGGAAAACAUGGCCAUUGUUGAGAGACGCAACAACCUACUUCAGGCUGAACUGGAGGAACUGAGGGCUGCUUUAGAGCAAACUGAACGAAGUCGCAAACUUGCUGAGCAAGAGCUGCUGGAUGUCAGUGAGAGGGUGCAGCUACUGCACUCACAGAACACCAGCCUGAUCAACCAGAAGAAGAAGCUGGAGGGUGACACAGUCCAGCUUCAGACUGAGGUGGAGGAAGCUGUGCAGGAAUGCAGAAAUGCUGAAGAGAAGGCCAAGAAGGCCAUCACCGAUGCUGCCAUGAUGGCAGAGGAGCUGAAGAAAGAGCAGGACACCAGUGCUCACCUGGAGCGUAUGAAGAAGAACAUGGAGCAAACCAUCAAAGAUCUGCAGCACCGCCUGGAUGAAGCUGAACAGAUCGCCAUGAAGGGAGGCAAGAAGCAGGUCCAGAAGCUUGAGGCCAGGGUGAGAGAGCUUGAGAACGAAGUGGAGUCAGAGCAGAAGAAAAGUGGAGAAGCAGUAAAGGGAAUGCGCAAAUAUGAGAGACGCAUCAAGGAGCUAACAUAUCAAACUGAGGAGGACCGCAAGAAUGUUGCACGUCUGCAAGAUCUGGUUGACAAACUGCAGCUCAAAGUGAAAGCAUACAAGAGAGCUGCUGAGGACUCUGAGGAGCAAGCCAACACUCAUAUGAGUAAGUUCCGCAAGUUGCAACAUGAGCUUGACGAGGCCGAAGAGAGAGCUGACAUCGCUGAGUCUCAGGUCAACAAGCUUCGUGCCAAGAGCCGUGAUGUGGGGUCAAAGAAAGGGCUAGAUGAGGAGAAAUCAGAUAAGGAGCGUCUGGAGGCCCAAACCCGUCCCUUUGACAUGAAGAGAGAAUGCUUUGUACCUGACCCAGAAGUCGAGUAUGUAAAAGCAACCAUCCAAAGUCGUGAUGGUGACAAAGUCACUGCUGAGACUGAAUUUGGAAAGACUGUCACCGCGAAGGAGUGUGAUAUUCACCCUCAGAACCCACCUAAGUUUGAUAAAAUUGAAGACAUGGCGAUGUUCACCUUCCUCCAUGAACCAGCUGUGCUGUUUAACCUCAAAGAGCGUUAUGCAGCAUGGAUGAUCUAUACCUACUCUGGGCUGUUCUGUGUGACUGUCAACCCCUACAAGUGGCUGCCAGUCUACAACCAAGAGGUGGUUGUUGCCUACAGAGGAAAGAAGAGGAGUGAAGCUCCUCCUCACAUCUUCUCCAUCUCUGAUAAUGGCUACCAGUACAUGCUAACAGAUAGAGAAAAUCAGUCUAUUCUCAUCACUGGAGAAUCUGGUGCUGGGAAAACUGUUAACACCAAGAGAGUUAUUCAGUACUUUGCCAGCAUUGCAGCUGGAGGUGGGAAAAAAGAAGCAGGCUCUGAGAAAAAGGGUACAUUGGAGGAUCAAAUCAUCCAAUGCAACCCGGCAUUAGAGGCCUUUGGGAAUGCAAAGACCAUCAGAAAUGAUAACUCUUCUAGAUUUGGAAAAUUUAUCCGUAUUCAUUUUGCAGCCAGUGGAAAGCUGGCUUCAGCUGAUAUCGAGACAUAUCUGCUUGAAAAGUCCAGAGUCACCUUUCAGCUUAAGGCCGAGAGAGAUUACCAUAUCUUCUAUCAGAUUCUAUCUCAGAAGAAACCCGAGCUGCUUGAAAUGCUGCUCAUUACCAACAACCCCUACGACUACGCCUUCAUCUCUCAAGGAGAGACAACAGUAGCCUCCAUCAAUGAUGCUGAGGAGCUGAUAGCAACUGAUGAGGCCUUUGAUGUAUUGGGCUUCACUCAAGAGGAGAAGAACGGUAUUUACAAACUGACCGGUGCCAUUAUGCACUUUGGUAACAUGAAGUUUAAGAACAAGCAGCGUGAAGAGCAGGCGGAGGCCGAUGGCACUGAAGUUGCUGACAAAGCAGCAUAUCUGAUGGGCCUGAACUCUGCUGACCUCAUCAAAGGUCUGUGUCAUCCAAGAGUCAAAGUAGGAAAUGAAUGGGUCACCAAGGGACAAAAUGUUCAACAGGUGUACUAUUCUGUUGGAGCUCUGGCUAAGUCCGUGUAUGAGAAGAUGUUUCUGUGGAUGGUGGUAAGAAUUAACCAUUCACUGGACACCAGGCAGCCACGCCAGUACUUCAUUGGAGUGCUGGACAUUGCUGGAUUUGAGAUCUUUGAUUUCAACACGUUUGAGCAGAUGUGCAUCAACUUCACCAAUGAAAAACUGCAACAGUUUUUCAACCACCACAUGUUUGUGCUGGAGCAGGAAGAAUACAAGAAAGAGGGAAUUGAGUGGACUUUCAUUGACUUUGGUAUGGAUCUGCAGGCCUGUAUUGACCUGAUUGAAAAGCCCAUGGGCAUCAUGUCCAUCCUUGAAGAGGAGUGCAUGUUCCCUAAAGCCUCUGAUUCCACCUUUAAAGCUAAGCUUUAUGACAAUCAUCUGGGGAAAUCUAAUAACUUCCAGAAACCCAGAAUUAUCAAAGGAAAACCAGAAGCCCAUUUUGCCCUGGUUCACUAUGCUGGAACAGUUGAUUAUAAUAUCAACAACUGGCUGGUGAAGAACAAGGACCCUCUGAAUGAGACUGUUGUUGGGCUGUACCAGAAGUCUACACUCAAGCUGCUUGCUACUCUCUUUGCAAAUUAUGCAGGAGUUGAUUCAGUUCAGGAAUCUGGAGGAAAAGGCAAAGGUGGAACCAAAAAGAAAGGUUCAUCUUUUCAAACUGUAUCUGCCCUGCACAGGGAGAACCUGAAUAAGCUGAUGACCAACCUGAGGUCUACCCAUCCUCACUUUGUGCGCUGUAUCAUCCCCAAUGAGACCAAGACUCCUGGGGCCAUGGAGAACCCUCUGGUGAUGCACCAGCUGCGCUGUAAUGGUGUACUGGAAGGCAUCAGGAUCUGCAGGAAAGGCUUCCCUAACAGGAUCCUCUAUGGAGACUUCAAGCAGAGAUACCGGAUCUUAAACCCAAGUGCCAUACCUGAGGGACAGUUCAUCGACAACAAAAAGGCUUCAGAGAAGCUUCUAGGUUCCCUAGAUAUUGAUCAUAGCCAAUAUAAACUUGGUCACACCAAGGUGUUCUUCAAAGCUGGGCUUCUUGGUUUGCUGGAGGAGAUGAGAGAUGAUCGUCUGGCUCUCAUUAUAACCAGGAUCCAGGCAAGAUCCAGAGGUGUUCUUGCAAGAAUAGAAUUCCAGAAGAUUGUAGAACGCAGGGAUGCACUACUUGUGAUUCAGUGGAACAUCCGUGCCUUCAUGGGGGUCAAAAAUUGGCCCUGGAUGAAGUUGUACUUCAAGAUCAAACCUUUGCUGAAAUCAGCUGAGACUGAGAAGGAGAUGGCCAACAUGAAGGAGGAGUUUACCAAACUCAAGGAGGCUUAUGCAAAAUCAGAAGCCCGCAGAAAGGAACUGGAGGAGAAAAUGGUCACUCUUCUCCAGGAGAAGAACGACCUACAGCUCCAAGUCCAAACUGAGCAAGAUAAUCUGUCUGAUGCUGAGGAACGGUGUGAGGGGUUGAUCAAGAGUAAGAUUCAACUGGAAGCAAAAAUCAAAGAGCUGACAGAAAGACUUGAAGAUGAGGAGGAGAUGAAUGCUGAACUGACUGCAAAGAAGAGAAAGCUGGAGGAUGAGUGCUCUGAGCUGAAAAAGGAUAUUGAUGACUUAGAGCUAACUCUGGCAAAAGUGGAGAAAGAGAAGCAUGCUACAGAAAACAAGGUGAAGAACCUGACAGAGGAGAUGGCUGCUUUGGAUGAAAUCAUCGCCAAGCUGACGAAAGAGAAGAAAGCUUUACAGGAAGCUCAUCAACAAACCCUGGAUGACCUGCAGAGUGAGGAAGACAAAGUUAACACUCUGACCAAGGCCAAGUCAAAGCUAGAGCAGCAAGUGGAUGAUCUUGAAGGAUCCUUAGAACAAGAGAAGAAGAUACGAAUGGACCUUGAGAGAGCAAAGCGAAAGCUUGAGGGAGACUUAAAGUUGGCCCAAGAAAGUAUCAUGGACCUGGAAAAUGACAAGCAGCAACUUGAAGAGAGGCUGAAAAAGAAAGAUUUUGAAAUAAGCCAACUCAAUGGAAAAAUAGAGGAUGAACAAGCAAUGAGUGCCCAGCUCCAGAAGAAACUGAAGGAGCUGCAGGCCCGCAUUGAAGAGCUGGAGGAAGAGCUUGAAGCAGAACGAGCUGCUCGAGCCAAGGUGGAGAAGCAGAGAGCAGACCUGGCCAGAGAGUUGGAGGAGAUCAGCGAGAGGCUGGAGGAGGCAGGUGGAGCCACAGCCGUCCAGAUCGAGAUGAACAAGAAGAGGGAGGCUGAGUUCCAGAAGCUUCGCAGAGACCUCGAAGAAUCCACUCUGCAGCAUGAAGCCACCACUGCCACUCUCAGGAAAAAACAGGCUGACACUGUUGCUGACCUGGGAGAGCAGAUUGACAACCUGCAGAGAGUCAAGCAGAAACUGGAGAAGGAGAAGAGUGAGCUCAAACUGGAGCUUGAUGAUGUGGUCUCCAACAUGGAGCAGAUUGUCAAGUCCAAGAACAAUUUGGAGAAAAUGUGUCGGUCUCUUGAGGAUCAGAUGAAUGAAUAUAAAACCAAAUCAGAGGAGGGACAGCGCACCAUCAAUGACUUCACCAUGCAGAAAGCUAAGCUUCAAACUGAAAAUGGUGAACUUAUAAGGCAGCUUGAGGAAAAGGAUUCCCUGGUGUCUCAACUCACCAGAGGAAAACAGUCAUAUACACAACAAAUUGAAGACCUUAAAAGACAACUGGAAGAGGAAAUUAAGGCCAAGAAUGCAUUAGCCCAUGCUGUGCAGUCUUCUCGCCAUGACUGUGACCUCCUCAGGGAGCAGUAUGAGGAGGAGCUGGAGGCCAAGGCUGAACUCCAGCGCAGCAUGUCCAAGGCUAACACUGAGGUGGCUCAGUGGAGAACCAAGUAUGAAACUGAUGCCAUCCAGAGGACAGAGGAACUGGAGGAAGCUAAGAAGAAGCUGGCUCAGCGUCUGCAGGAGGCUGAGGAGGCUGUUGAAGCAAUGAAUGCUAAAUGUUCCUCUUUGGAAAAGACCAAACACAGGCUGCAGAAUGAGAUCGAAGAUCUCAUGGUGGACGUGGAGAGGUCUAAUGCUGCUGCUGCUGCUCUGGACAAGAAACAAAGGAGCUUUGAUAAGGUCUUGUCAGAGUGGAAACAGAAGUAUGAAGAGUCUCAGUCAGAGCUGGAGAGCGCACAAAAGGAAGCCAGAUCUCUGAGCACUGAGCUUUUUAAACUUAAAAACUCUUAUGAAGAGUCUCUUGAACAUCUGGAGACCAUGAAGAGGGAGAACAAGAACUUGCAAGAGGAAAUAUCUGACCUCACUGAACAAAUUGGUGAGGGGGGAAAGAACAUUCAUGAGCUUGAGAAGAUUCGGAAGCAGCUGGAACAAGAAAAGUCUGAGAUACAGACCGCGUUAGAGGAAGCAGAGGCCUCACUGGAGCAUGAGGAAGGGAAGAUUCUUAGAGUCCAGCUUGAACUGAACCAAAUAAAAGCUGAAUUUGAGCGUAAGCUGGCUGAGAAAGAUGAAGAGAUGGAACAAGUAAAGAGAAACCAACAGCGGAUGGUGGAUACUCUUCAGAGCUCCCUUGAGUCUGAAACUCGCAGCAGGAAUGAAGCCCUUCGUCUGAAAAAGAAGAUGGAGGGAGACCUCAAUGAGAUGGAGAUCCAGCUUAGCCAAGCCAACAGGCAGGCAGCUGAGGCCCAGAAACAACUCAAGUCUGUUCAUUCACAUCUUAAGGAUGCCCAACUCCAACUGGAGGACUCUCUCCGAGCCAACGAUGAUAUGAAAGAAAAUCUUGUCAUUGUUGAGAGACGCAACAACCUGCUUCAGGCUGAACUGGAGGAACUGAGGGCUGCUCUGGAGCAAACUGAACGAAGCCGUAAACUUGCUGAGCAAGAGCUGCUGGAUGUCAGUGAGAGGGUGCAGCUACUGCACUCACAGAACACCAGCCUAAUAAACCAGAAGAAGAAGAUGGAGGGUGAUAUUUCUCAACUUCAAAGUGAGGUGGAGGAAGCUGUACAGGAAUGCAGAAAUGCUGAAGAGAAGGCCAAGAAGGCCAUCACCGAUGCUGCCAUGAUGGCAGAGGAGCUGAAGAAAGAGCAGGACACCAGCGCUCACCUGGAGCGUAUGAAGAAGAACAUGGAGCAAACCAUCAAAGAUCUGCAGCACCGCCUGGAUGAAGCUGAACAGAUCGCCAUGAAGGGAGGCAAGAAGCAGAUCCAGAAGCUCGAGGCCAGGGUCAGGGAGCUUGAAAAUGAAGUGGAAAGUGAGCAGAAAAAGUCUAGUGAUGCAAUAAAAGGAGUGCGAAAGUAUGAGAGACGUAUCAAAGAACUUACCUAUCAGACUGAUGAAGACCGUAAAAAUCUGGCACGUCUCCAAGAUUUGGUGGACAAGCUACAGCUUAAAGUGAAAUCCUAUAAGAAGUCUGCAGAACAGGCUGAGGAACAGUCCAACAACAACCUUACCAAAUUCCGCAAGCUUCAACAUGAGUUGGACGAGGCUGAAGAGAGAGCCGAUAUCGCAGAGUCUCAAGUCAACAAGUUACGAGCUAAGAGUCGUGAUGUGGUGUCAAAGAAAGGACUUGAUGAAGAAUGAAGUUUUGCCAAACAAUAAUUACGUUUCUGAGACACCUGUUGAUAAUAUAUUGAUGCCUCCCUAAGCAUGCUGAUGUGUUGAGUAGAAAUAAAUUGAAUGUGCAUU